CCGAACCGAAUCAACUACGCGUCCCGAAAUCUCCGGGUCUUUUCUUCUUCUUCUCCAAGCAAAUCCAAAUCCAAACUUCUUCGAAUUUUCAAAAUCCCAUGGAAUAAACCCGAUUCUUCAAAGCAAUGGAGAUUUAUCUCAUUGUGUUAGUGUUAUGAUCCUGCCCCACACCAAUCUCUAGACCGAUCGCAAUCUUCCGUCUCUCCACAACUCGCGUUUUUCGCCGGCGUUGUCGACUGAGUUUUUGGUUGUCUGCGAAAAUGGUGUUGCCGUUGAUGAAACUGGGCACUCUCGCUCUGAAAACCAUAAGCAAGCCAUUGGCGAGCCAGCUCAAGCACCAAGCCAAGGUUCAUCCCCGGUUCCGGCUGUUCAUCGUCAACGUUGCUCAGAGGAACCAUAGGUUUACGACACAAAUGCAAAGAAGGAUAUAUGGGCAUGCGACGAACGAGGAGAUUCGUCCCUUGAACGAGGAAAAAGCUGUCCAGGCUGCUGCAGACCUCAUUGGAGAGCUCUUUGUCUUUGCGGUUGGUGGAGCUGUUGUCAUCUUUGAGGUGCAACGAAAUGCUCGAUCAGAAGCAAGGAAGGAAGAAGCACGCAAGAAAGAAAUCGAGGAACUGAGGGCAAAAGACGAAGAGCUGGAGAAAGACUUCACAUUUCUAAGGAACAAAAUCGAGGAACUGGAGAAACUUGCUAAAUCACGGGGACUAAGUGGUAUAUUCCACUUGAAACAAUCCAACACAGACGACGGCAAAUCAGCAAAACCGAGUUAGAUCAUCUAUCUGCCAAGACUCUUGAAAACAUCCUCUGAAUUUGGUGGUAAGAACGACAUGGUAACGAUUCUUUAACAGCUCGAGAAAGUUUAGUUCUGUCAUAUGACGAGGAACACCUUGAUCGACAUUGCUAUAACGGAAAUUUAAUAAGCCGAGGGAUCGAAGUUUCGAUGUCUGAUUGUUGCUGCAAGCUCUAGUUUGGUUGGCUGAAGCAUUUUUUGCUUGGAACCAUCACAUGUGUUUAGGGUUUACAGACAAUAAGGCUUAGGAAGUAGAAACCUUAUGAUCAUUUGGUAAUGAGAUUUUGAAUGGUUCAGAAUUCA